GUUCUUUCCCGUUGGCUUCUUGUUCAACACACUCAGUCGCCAGAAGGCUGGCCGUCGGGUUCCUCGGAAGCGCUUUUGCUGCCGCGGCGGGACAUGGACUACCACGUGAACUCGCACGACCUUCCGGCGUGGGGUCAGUUAGAAGUCUUCAACUCCAGGCCAGAGGCCUUCCGUUCACUCAGUCUUGACGAACGAGAAGACCAGCGCGUCCGGUUGCUUCAUGUGGCCAACAACGUCCAGCUCAAGCGCAUGCUUGUUCCCGGGAAGGAGGGAUGUGGGCCCGGCGCAGAGCUCUACUUGCGCGUGGCACCCACGUGCCCCUUGUACUACAUGCGCUGGACGAAUGACGUGAAGCAGGCGACCGUCGAGUUUACGUCAAAGGUGCCACAAUCCGGGAGUCGCGCUGAGGUACUUGGCCCUUUUUCCCGAGUGGAGGGACAAGCUUUCGCCACGCCCAUGAUCGGGAGGGUAUUCCGAGCCAGGUAGAAGACCAACCCGAGAUCACCGCUCAACGUUCUCCCGGGGUUUGCUGUGGUGCGGUGUGAAUGGUUUGAAGAGCGGGAAUCGGACUCGGACUCCCAACCUGCGGCAGGCAGAAAGCGCAAGCGCCCACUAAGGGCCACGGGUGGAGGGCGUGGGAAAGGUCGUAAGCUUCGAAACAGGGCGGGUGGUUCUUCGUCCGACGAAAGUGACGAGGCCGAGGAAGAAGAGGAAGAGGAUGAGGAAGGGGAUUAGGAAGGCGACGACGACUAAAAAGGGCAAGCAGAGGGCGAGGACGAGGAAUACGACGACGAAUGAGACAGAGAUGUCUAAGAAGGGGAGCGGGAAUGGGGUGUCAUGGUCGGACGGCGAGGGUGAGGGGCCGGGGAGGUUCGGCUGAAUAGAUGGAGGGUCAUGG